AUGAUUUUCCCUUUGAUCCAUGAAAAACCUCCCCCCCCAUUCCCCUGCCCCCCCCUCCUGUGUCCCCGCUCUCACCUGAAGGCCGUGGGGACCAACAGCACCAGUGGCAGUAUUGAGCCGUACCUCUCUGGUAUCAAAACGGGAGUUCUGCCAGGCCGAGCGCCCUCUCCUGCAGCAGUGUUCACCCCUGGCCUGAGGAAGCCCCCCCAGGAGCGGCUGCCCUCCCUGAAAGGCUCCACCAGCCAAGCCAGGGCUCUUCUGGCCAGCCUGUCUGCCUCCGGCCUGAGCGCCGAGGCCCUGCUCCUCUCCUCCACCCUCCGCCAUCGCCGCCUCCUACGUGAGCAGCGAGCCUCCUCCUUGCCCCUGCCCAGCAGCAAGUCCUCCCCUUCUACUCCCAUCGCUACAUCCCCCUCCUCUUCUGCUUCACCCACCACCCCGACACCCUCCCUGUCUCCCUCCUCUCCCAACCCUUCCCUUACCCUUUCUUCUGCCGUUCCCCAGCCCAGCGGUUGUAGCUCCAGCGUCAACAGCUGCAAGGAGGCGGGCAGUGGGCAAGUGAAGCAGGACCUCGCCCCGGGGUCCUGAAGAGAAGGAGGAUGGGUGGAAGCACCAUCAUAUUAUGAACCGUAAAGAGAACACAUCUGCAUUAUGGGAAAUUGCAGCAUUUUUUGAGUGUCAUAUUUCAGGACUUUUUAGCUUUUCCUCUCUGUUUUUGUUGGCCUCACUCCAGUAUGCACUCUUCAUAUCUCCAUGGCAAGACCUACCAUACCGCACAUGGAGUCACUAUCUUCUUUUUGGACAUGUCUCCUACUCUGAUCUGGUUCCAUAGUUCCUCUGCAGUUCUCCCACACUCAUGCUGCCAGUUUGCCAGAAAGAGAGCACACAAACGGGCCUGCUGUAAGCUGAUGUGGUCUGGAUGGAUUUACUGACAGUAGCAGUCUCAUAAAACCCCUCACUCAACGGGGUUGUUAGUGGAGUAGACAUCAUUUAUAGACCUUUAUCAUAGAAAAUAGAGCUGCAAUAAUCACCAAGUGAGUCCAGUAGUCGUGUUUGUUCAGGUUCAUAUUGUGUCACCUGGCAGAAUGUGCAUAGUAGAUCAAGGUGAUGAUUGUGGUUGUGUGUUAAAAGGGCACUCGUGGCUUUUCAUGCAUCACCUGUGUUUUCAACUGAAACUGGUGCUAUAUUUUCCCCUCUGUUUGUACACACUGUGUAAAGAGUUUACAUGAUUGUUCUCACUUUUUUUUGCAAGUGUACAUUCCACUGUCUGACUAUGAUUUCAUGUCACACUGUUUCAAUAUUGAUAUGAACCCUUACAGGAGGAAAUCCUUGCAUCGGAGAAUUAGGAACAACGAUAGGACAUUUUCAACUUAAAAAUGUCAAAAGCACAUUGAAAGAAGCGGUCUUAUGACGGCACAUCUUUACUGAAAAUAGAAUAGAGGCACAGUUACACAAAAAGGAUGGAAGAACGCAGACAGUGAAUUGUAAAGAGAUUGAAUUUCUGUAUAUCUGUAUUGACAAGUUAAUAAUGACAAUCAGGAUGUUCCGCAGUCACGUCCUACAGGUUGCUAAGGCAUUUCAGCACCUGACUCCACAAACCUUCCCAAAGACUCAAGCACACACUGAUGAAUAACUCUGUCACUCCUUCUGCACUUGUAAAGCAAACCUGUGUGCAGAAACCUUUGUUGUUUUAGAUUUUGAUAAGGGAUGAAUCAUUUUUUCUCAAGUCACAUCUGUUGCACCGCUUGAAAAGAGCCACAUCGACAAGAACACAAUUUCACCCUUUAAGGAAUCUAAAGAGCAGACAUAUAAAGUGCUUUAUUUUAGGACACUUAUCGUCUUUGAACUUCAAAGUUACUCUGAUGGGAAGCAGCUUACAACGAUGCAUAAUACCUUCUUUGAACAGGAACAAAAUGUUUCUUGCACUGCAGUGAAUUGAUCGCACUUCAACACUUGACACAGUUUCAAGCAGUGUUUGAAAGCUAAAGAAAGGAAAUCAGCACAUAUGUAGACACUUCACACAGCUGACAUUUAAAUAUAUAGGAAUAUAAAGAAAGCACAUUUUCUUCUGAAACACUCGACACCUUUUUCUCAAAUUUUGAUCUUGUGAAUUUGCUUAAAAAAUGAUGAGCACAAAGCUACAAAUGUUCCUUAAAGGAAAGAAAAACCCUGUUUCUUUUAAAUUACUGUACGUUAGAUUAACAAUAUUGUUGCUCCUUCAUUUGGUUCUAUUACCUGCAUGUUAAAACAUUUAUGAAUGUUAGGUCUUUAGUGUGCAUCAAUGACAGUUAUCUCUAUUUAUAGCACAUGAAAGGCCCUUCAGUGAUUCGCUGCACAUUCUGAAGCCCCUGUCCUGCGUUAUUGCCUUAAGGCUGCCCACUGGGGAUGUGAUGAGGUUGAACGGACAGUCAUGGACAAAGUGGUGUUCUUUUUUUGUUUCCAGUGGUUCACGAGAAAGACUGUGUGAAAUCGAUUCUUUGUGGCAUGAGAUUAAAAUGUCCGAAAGUGGAUUGUGUCACAUGGUAUGCAGCUUGAGAAGAGGGGAUUAGUUUGGGGACUUGUGUUUGAAGGCUUCUUUAAUAAGACGGCUUCUUGUCUCCAUGGAGAGUGUUUGUGAUAUGAGCCAAAGAGAGGAGAGGAGGGGUCUGACGGCAGCUGUUCUUCCCCUGCCCCUCUCACUUAGCUUUGUCUGUGAUGUGGGGCGUCUGUGAAAGAAAUGACACUUUUUGAGGUUAUUUUAGGACAAAGUCUGAUGGGCCUCAGUAAUGACAGUAACAGUGUGUGAGAUAUGUAAUUAGCACUCUUCCAGUGCUCUUUCCUGAAACUCCUGCCUGUUUGUCUGUAAGGACCUGAUACAUUUUUCCCAGUGCCUCUAAGACUUUCCACAAAUCCCCUGUUGGUCUUGUAUAACAGUAUUAGAUCAGCAGCAAAGACAGAAGGACACUUUUACCCAAAGAAGAGGCUGCGAGAAUUGUCUUGCUUCCAUCUUUUGCAGAAAAACUUGAAAAGCAGAGUGUGUCAGGUUGCAGUGUUGACUAAACACUCCCUGAGCUCUAACAAUGUGCACAGCUACAGCGUAUUUAGCCUCACUGGUCGCUCUGUAGCUCCAUAAGGCAGGUUCAAGCACCGGGGAGUGAAGUCAAAUGAAAGUAAUUCACUUACUCGUGCUGUUCCACACCCAAAUCCAUAACUCUCCCAUCAGUUCAAUCUGCUGCAUUUGCGUCUGGUGAGCGUUGGGGAGGGAGUGUUCACGCUCGGCUGCUUUCCUCAAGUUAAGUUUGAGAUGAAACCUCCCAGAAUUGCGUGACAGUGCUCUCUGAAAGGUUUUUUUGUUUUUUUUUGUAUAAGUGUUAGUGGGCUGUGAUUUCAGCUUGGAGGGCACGUCGCAGAAACUCAUGCAAACUUGAAAUCAAACAUAGAAGAAGUAUACAUAUAUAAAUAUAUCUAAGUGAGAUGUUUGUGUAUGAUAUUAUAAUUGUGAAGAAAAGUGUGAUAUAUAUAUAGGCCUAGAUUAAAUUAUAUACUGUAAAAUGUCAUCACCUCUUCAGUUUUAUAUAUUAGUGACCAUUUUGUACAGAUUUUUCCUUUUUUAAUUCAUUGAGAGAGAUAUUACAUUUCACACUGAGAUUAUUUAUUCAUACGCAGAACAUUUUUAUAUUUCUUUAACGAUAUCUGUAUAGAUAACACUUAGCCUCUGUAAUAUACGCUGAAGUUCAUUUUUUGAUUAUAGGGUUUUUAUUUACGGACACUGAGUUGGAUUUUAUGUCAUUUAGAUUUUUGAAAAGCUUGUCCCUGAAAAUGCUUGUCCAGCUCUUCUGCACCUUUGCCUCCUUAUGUGAAGGGUCACUAUUGAGGUGUGAGAGGCUGGACCAGUGCCUGUGCUUAGGGGCUUAUUUUGCUACUAUUUGCGUGUUUAAGGGGGUCGUUUUCUGUACCUGUGGUCUGUUUUCUUUUGGUUUCUCCCCAUCCUGUAUUUGUGAUUCAGCUGGUAUUAGUUGGAGUUGGUCAGAAGUUGUGGUAACUACUGUGAAAGGUCAGUUUAUGGGCCAAGACGUUUGAGAUGUGAGUCACAUGGCUUUAAUUUUUAGCUGUGUCAUGUUUGCAUGUGAACAGGAGUGGUAGCAAUGUGGAUGCUCAGUGCAAAAGCUUUUUAGAGACAACAACAGGUGGAAUAAACAGUUGGAAGUACAUUUAGUUGCUUAUUAAGUCCAAGUUGUUGCACUGAGGGGCUUUAAGUAGCAUUUAAGCUAAACCACAGGAGUUGUUAAAACCACCCAAGAUGGAUCAAUAAGGGCACUUUGUGAUUUAAAAGUGGAAUCUCUUCCUUUGCCAUUGUAUCUUGUUUUUAUAACAAACCUACAUUAUAUAGUAUGUAUAUGAGAUUUUUACAUGAAUGUGUGGAUGUUCAAAAAUGUUGGCAUCGAAAGUAGAAAAACAAAAUUGACCUGUAAAUAGGCUGAGUCAUUCCUAGCGAGUUCCACAAAUUGUUAUGUCCAAAAGAAGAUGUUUUAUUAAUAAACUAUGACAAUGGGUACAAAGAUAUAUACAAAACAAUGCAUGUAUAGUCUCAAAGCAAUCGCACGGUGCAGUUGAAAAAAAAUGUUGUCUACAUGUUUUCUCAAAAAAUAUGAGAACGAGAAAGGGUUUCUAUGUUAGGAGGUUUACACACAUGAAGAAUGAGACGUUAUUUUGGUAUGUGUGUCACAGGCAUGUUCAGUCUUACUGUGAUGUUAUGUGAUGAUGAAGAUAGUGGUGGAUGUCGAGAAGGAACGCACCCCAACCAGAAAAGUCACCCGUGAUGGUGUCCUCCCAUUUGUAGAGUAGUGUGAUAUAAGAACAAAAAUAAUACAGAAUAUAGAUCUAUGAUAUAAUGAUAUAUAAAUUUAAAAGCCUACUGAUACUGGAGAUACUAAUUUAUCAGUGUGGAUGCCAUGAUAUUCUGUGAGACAUGUGUGUGUUUUUCCUGUGAGAAGACAGUAGGCAGUUGAACCUGCCUUCUUUUGUACAUACUUUGCUGUGAUUGUGUGUCCAAUAAAGUGCAGCUCUCUU